AUGAGGGCAGGUAAACAAAUGGUCGGUGGUGUAGCUGGUCGGGUGGUGCGAUGUACGGGAGCGGGAUCACCAGCGGCCGGGUCAGCGGGAUAUGCUGAGAACGUGCUGGACGAAGCGGUGAAUGCGAGUUGCGGAUACAACAAGCUCAAACCAUGGUGUCGUAGGCGUGAACAACGUUCUGCCUUCCACUACCACACCUAUCGUCUAGUUGUUGAUGUAGCAGAUUUACAACUAUCAGACCAUAUAGUCUCAAAGCUACGAAAUAUAUGUACAAUAAACAAUACCUCAUUAUAA